GAUUGUAGUGUUAUACAUAUUGUUUGAUUAGUGUGCGAUCUGUGUUCAGGAGAAGAUCGGUGUGUAUGGUUAUAUGAACGAAACCGGUCGGCAAAGUUCUACAUGAAAGUGGACUCUGUCGAACUUAUUCUGUUUAAUCACAAAUGGAUUAUUACAAUUUAAAUACGUCGUCAACUGAUGUCAGUCCAACCACAACCCCAUGCGGGACCCCUUUGAGUGGAGCCCCAAAGUAUGGAACUGUUAUACCUAACAGAAUAUUUGUUGGUGGAAUAGCAGCUAACACUACCGAGCAAGAGUUGAAGCAGUUUUUCUCUGCUUAUGGAGCUGUAAAAGAUUCCAAAAUAAUUGCAGAUCGAGCAGGUGUUUCAAAGGGUUAUGGGUUUAUAACAUUUGAAAAUCAAGAAGAUGCCGACCGUAUUAUCAAGAAGGAGGUGAGUGUAGAAUCAGACAACUUAGUAUUCCGUGACAGAAAGUUGAACAUUGGACCAGCUAUUCGAAAGCAGCAAGUUUUGCCAAGGGCUUUCGAGUCGCCCGUGUCCCCGGGAGCUGUUAUGUUUUCCAAUGGAGUUCCAUACACCUACCAAAAUGGGAUGGCUGUCUUUGCAUCACCAGAAACUGGUUAUGCCGUACCUCAAGCACAGCCACAGACAGCAUUGAUGGUUCCACAGACUCCACCACUGUACCUGCAGCAGCCAUAUACAUAUCAGAUGCCUAUGUCAUAUGCUAAUAUACAGACCUCUCCACAGUGGGCAGCAACUGCGGCAGCCGCAGCAGCAAGUCAAUGGCGCUACAUGACUCAGAGUCCCACUACAGCCCUGACAGCCACUGCCAACCCCUACAUGAUUGCCAUGCAGCCAGACUUCAUGUACGCUCAGAUACCCCAGUACCAGACCGCUGACAUGGGAGACACCACCACUAUGUUUGAUGGUACGGCUGGGGUUGAGGGCAGCAUCUUACCAGUGGAGGAAAGCUUGCAGGCAGCCAACAAGUCAACCGUCUAUGUUACUGAGGGUCUGACGAGCCCGGUGCAUGGGGCCAAUCUGGCGGCCGCCACACUGGGCUGCUAUGGGAGUCUACCCCUGCCUGUAGUCUCUGGUUAUGAACCUGUACAAAUGACUGCUUGCAAUUCUGUGCCAGUAACCAACAAUGCAGUACCAAUUGCGAAUGCUACUAGCAGCAUAACAACGUCUGCUAACUUCUCUACAGUGUCCGCCUCAAAUUCUAGCACGCCUUUGUCCAUUCGCACAGUGAGCUCACCUUCCCAUGUAGUUACUAGCCUCUCGUCAAAACAACUUCCCUCUGUUUGCAAUGUGAAUGUUGCUCCUUACAAAAAACCCUUGACAACUAUUUCAAGGAGAGCGGCUUACUCAACACCAACAUUUCUGGUUAGAAAUGGUAAUAAAGUUCAGUGUGUGAUGGUUCCUCAAAAGUCUCUGACCCAGGGGCAUUUCACAUUUUUUCCCCGCCCACCUGAUUCUAUUACCCCACCGGGUGGGUCACAUAUUUAGAAUAACUGUAUUUAAAGGCCUGGUAUGCAAAUGUUAAUCAAAAUGAGUAAAAACCUGCUUCUAAUAGAUUUAUUUUGUAUCAAAUGGCCAUUCUUGUUAUUGUUGCUUUAUUGUUCAUGCAUAAUGAAAAUGUUAAAUUGUUGAGUGAUUCAAAGUUUUUUCAUUAUUUGGUGACUGCAGAUUGGAUAUUGAUUAUAUAAAAAGCAUUGUUGUAAAAUUGUAAUGGAUCAAUUGGUUCAAUCACACACUGUUCUGUGCGACUUUAACUUCCAAAUGGAUUCUGGAUUUAUUUUUUUUGUAUUUGCAAUAGGCACUGCAAUGUACAUUUGUGUUGGUUUUGCAUUAUUUUGGAAUGCUGACAUUGAAGCAGAAUUGUUUGGGAUUUUAAUUCUGCAUUUGAAUGUCGUUAUUAUAUGUACAUAAUUAUAUGUGAGAGAAGUUGAAAACAUUGACAACAGUUUUAUUAGCUCGACUGUUUUCGGAGAAGACACGAGGUAUUGUCAUAGCCAGCUCGUCGUCCGCGUCGUGCAAAAACCUUUACAUUUUGUUAAGGUUUUGAACAUUGGCUCUUAAAUCAAAGUGCUUCAACCUACAACUUUGAAACUUCACAUGUAGCUGCACCUUGAUGAGUUCUACAUGCCACACCCAUUUUAAGGUCACUAGGUCAAAGGUCAAGGUCACUGUGACCUCUAAAAAAAUUAAUAUUACAAGCUUUCAUUUGUUCAAAACUGCACCCACCGCUGAGCGUGGCACCCGUUAUGCAGUGCUCUUGUUAAUUAUUUAAAUUAAUGUAACAUUUAUUGGACGUAAUGGAUCAUGUGUUUAAUGAUUAGGGAAUGCUUUUUUAUUCACUUGUUUGCGCUAAAACUAGGAGAGAAAAACGUACAAUUUUGUAGCAUAAUUAAGUGAGUGCACGUUUCAUAAACUUAGAUGUAAAUAUAUUUUGGAAUGUCCUUUCCUUAAAGAUUAAUAUGCUCAAGAAGUGCCUUGUUUGUAAUUUCAUUUUUCAUGUGUGCUAUGUCAGUAAUAAUCUUAUUCCUCUUAAGUCAUGUAUUAGCAGUGCAUUGUGUUAGCAAAUUUAAUGUUCAAUAAGCAAUUGAGCAUCCAGGAAAUUUGUGUUUAACAUUUUGACUUGUAUCUCAUAAGUUCUGCAAAGUUGUCCUUUGCAUUAAAGGGUGUACAGUGGGAAAACUGGGAUGAACUUGUGUGCAGGGUCUAGCCCCAAAUGAGCACAACAAACAUUUUCAGUCUGAGACAGGCUGUCACUCUGCCUACAGGGAUUUGUUGUCCUGGACAUGGCUGUAUAGCAGACCAAUUGCCCAGGACAAGCAUGAAAACUCAAUGCAGAGUUCAGAUAAAUCUUGUUUUCCCAAGAAAUACGUAAUGUGCUAUUAUGUAGUUCAAGGGAAAAAAAUGAGGGAUGAGGGGAACACCAAUAUAUUUAAAUUUGAAGAGAAGGGGGUGAUAGAAGUUACAAUUGUGUUCUUUUAACUAUCAUUGUUUUGAAAAAGUUAUGAACUUAAUUUGAUAGUACCUGGGAUUCAAUUUUGUUCUUUUAACUAUCAUUUUCUGAAACAAUACCGGUAAGUGAAAUUCACCUGAUCUUUCCCCCUCCUUCUUACAUUUUUACUAGGAAUAACCACUUUUUUACUAAGAAUAACCUAAAUGUUGUACAAGGUUUAGACCUACAUUUUUUUGCUCAUUUUUUAUGUAUACAUACAGAUUUUCAAUCCCAUGGCAAAUUGCCUUUUUGUAUGACAAAGAGCAAUAUUGGCACAUGAUACCAGUUAUGUCUUAGUAAAUUAAUUGAAAUAAAUCUUAGAAACUGUUCAACUUUAGUGACACAUCUCAGUAACUGUAAACGCUGCCUAACUAAUAAAAUUAUAAAAUGUAAAACGGAUCGUUUUCUUUUUUUUAUAAAAGUCUAGAAAUUCUUUGAAUAAAGAUUUACACUCUUAGAUGUUCUGGUUGGUAAAAGUUGUUUGUAUACAAAACCAUUUAUUGUAUUUUUUGUUAAUUAUCUACAUAUCUUAAUGUUAUAUACCUUUUUCUUGAAGUCUAUAGUUUAGUACAUGCUUUUAGUGAUGUGGAAUUAAUUGUAACAUUUACUUGCGUUAUUAAUUAUUUACUCUGCUCGAACUCUUUACAAAUUGUUGUAUGGAACUGUUAAUAUAUAGCUUUUACCUUCUUUCAUACAUGUUCAAUGUUGAAAUGAAUGAUAUUAGAAACUUGAUUUCAACAUCCAAGCCAUUGUAUAUUAUCCAUUAUAUUUCUGUAUAUGUGUGGAUGAAAGAUGUACACAUUAAAAUGUCUGUAAUUUUAUUAAACAAAGAUUAUAUCUAAAAGAUAAUGGAAAUUGUAAUUGUUUCCAGUCAUUAAUAAAUCUUUGGAAAUCAAAA